GUUGCUGUUCCUGCGAAAAAUAACCUUCUGUCGCAACCGUUGCACUUGCAUUUCCACAACACUCACACUGCUGCAUCGGAAAGUCGCAAACAUGACCACCUGCAAAAGCGGCUCCUCGACGGACUGCAACUUCACCUGUCCCUACGGGGGAUCAUGGUUUGUGUGCGACACAGCGCCGUACUUUGUGGGAUGCUGUGCGUCGGACCCGUGCAACAACACCACAUCUCCCGCCUGCCCUACUAGUAGUCUCCACGCCGCCUCCUUCAACCACCAGCUCUACGACGAGAUCCUCCCCAACCGCUGCAUCGACAAUUCCAGUUCCGACUGGUACACGUGCAACGACACCUCCCCGACCUUUGUGGGGUGCUGCAAGAACAACCCGUGCGGCGACGGGUGUGCCGAGGACGACCUCCUCCCGGCUGCCUGGAGCUCUUCAUCGGCCGGCCAGCUCAAACUGUUCCAAGACAACGCCAGCGCGACAACCACCGCCUCCUCGUCCGCAACCCACACAGACUCCUCCAGCAGCUCCUCCAGUCACUCCAGUCUCUCCGCCGGCGCCAUCGCCGGCAUCGCCAUCGGAGCUGCCGCCCUCGUCGCAUUCAUCGUAUUAGCCUUCUUCUUCUUCCUGCGCCGGCGCCGUCGACAAGAAGCCUCCGCCGCUGAGGCGGAGCGACAGCGCAUGUACCCCGGAGAGUACGGAAGCCAUCACAAUCCUUCCUCGCCGUAUCAGGGUGCGGUCCCCCAAAGAAGACUCAGAAAUGUCCCCUCCUGCAGCUAGAUGCUGACACAAAGGUAGAUUCACCCAUGGGCAGCCCCGACCCAGCCGUCAAAUACCCCUCCGGCUUGACAGUGGGGUACACCAUGUCCUCGGCCCCGUCGCAUCGCGGGUCCGACGCCCACCGCCCCAUCUCCGAG